CAUGAAAAUGCUGAUUAUAUUGUAUUUCAUGCUGAUGCUCAGUGUGGGGCGAUGCGCAGAUGAUCAGAUCUUUGAAACAAUGACUGUUGGUGUUGGAGAAUAUGUGACACUAAAAUGUCCCUGCAAGUCUUUUCAAAGCCUGUUUUGGAUCAGACUUAUUCCUGGAAACCUUCCUGAAGUCUUAGGAAAAGCACUUAACUCUAUGGGUGUCGAUUCUCACAUAAGAACCACAGAUGAGUCUGGAGCAUUUUUUCUGCGUAUUAAAAAAACAAAGCUAAGUGAUACUGGAGUUUACUUCUGCGUGCAAAUGCAAAACAUCUUGACAUUUUUGAAAGGAGCAGACCUGAAAGUUGAAGAACGUAACAUCGCUGCAGUCUCUCCAUCGGAAGAGUCUGUGACUGUGCAGAUUUCAGUCCUCUCUGAUUCUGAGAAUAAAACAUGUCCAGGAGACCAGACUGUGUGCUGUUUCAGAGCUGAAUCUCAUCCGAGCUUUAACGAUAUUCAAGGUAACAGUGUUGAAGAAUAUAUACAGGACCGUAGGAAAUGUAUCUACAGCUUCUUUAAGAAUAUCAGCUCCUCAGAUGCUGGGACUUAUUGCUGUGCUGUGGCCACACGUAAGGAGAUAUUUUGUGGAGACAAAUCAAAACCCAACACUGAAGCAGUCAACGUUUGGGAUUCACAGAAGAACAUUACAAUUCUCUCUCUGUUAUGUGCUGCUUUGGCUAUAAGUCUCAUUGUUAUAGCCUUCCUCAUGUAUUCAGUCAUGAAACUCAAGAAGAAAUCUUGUGGUUGUUGUAAUGCUGCUGUUUCUCUGCAAGCAAAUGCUGUGACAGUCAGUGCCGAUCACCAAAGUCAACAGACAGAUGAGGCUUCAUUGGUUUAUUCUGCACCAAACUUCACCAAAAGGAAAGUUGGCAAAGCAGGGACAAGGGAUGCAAAAACUGACGAUGAAGAGACUAUCUACACAAAUGUCAGAGUUAGAUUAACAGCCUAAACAACAGAGUAUUUUUCCAUCUUGAGAUGACCCAGUAUGACCCUGCAGGGGCGUACAAAGAGACGGCUGAUGUCUGCUUAGCUUUAGGGAAGUCGCAACAUUAGUGUAUUAACAAACAGCUGUAACCUUUAAUGCUUAAUGUUGUAUGACCAUACAUGGUUAAAAAUCUUAACAAUAACAAACCAAUAAUAAAAUGAAACUUAACUUUUAACCUCCAGUGUGAAUUACUGAUUAAAUUAUAUUAAAGCUUAAAGUUAUGCAUACUUAAGAGUGUGGAUUAACAGGUGGGUGUCAUCACAGCUGUCUUUUUUGAGCAACCAGACAUCAUUCAGCCCACCUCAGCUUUACCCACUGUUAUGACUGUAGUCAUAUUUUUGUAGUCUGCUGUGUUUGCUUGUGUGAUGACACGCCCGUGAUUGGCUGCAGCUGGGAACCACCUGACAGGAGGAGCCAAGAUGGUGGCCAUCAUGUGGACAACCAGCAUUUCCUCAUCCUGCUCCUCUCUCAACCAGCCACAUGUCUUUUUGUGAAGUCCUUUGUUCUAGAUUGGAAGGGUUUUUUUUAAUAGUAGGGAUGGACUGCGAUUUUGAGUUGAUCUUGUUUUCUCCUGUUUUGUUAGUUAGGGAGGUAAGUCUAUUGUCAUUUGUUUUCUGAGGUAAGUGAUUUAUUUUCCAGAUAGAAUUGUUUUGCUUGUUGUUUUGGCCUUGGUCCAGCCUGAAGCUGACACCUUAGUUAUAGUUGAUU